CAACAAGUUCACAGAGCUUGCAAAACUCUUUUCUUCUUUCUCCAGCUGCACUUUUUUCAUCUCCAGAGCUGUAAAAAAUGGUGGCCAUAGGGCUUAUUAGAACCAUCGUAGGGAUCAUCGGUAAUGUGAUCUCCUUUUUCCUGUUUCUGUCCCCAACACCAACAUUUGUUAAAAUAUGGAAAGCUAAAUCGGUGCAGGAGUUCAAGCCCGAUCCAUACAUAGCAACCGUGCUGAACUGCAUGGUGUGGGUUUUCUAUGGUCUCCCUUACGUCCAUCCCGACAGCCUGUUGGUCGUUACGAUCAAUGGCAUAGGUCUUGUCAUAGAGCUCGCCUACGUCGCCAUCUUCUUCAUCUACUCCCCUUGGAGCAAGCGAAGGAGGAUUGCUUUAGCUCUUGUAAUCGAAGUCAUAUUCAUGGCGGUUGUGAUUUUCAUUACCCUAUUUUUCUUUCACACUACCAAGAUAAGGUCUGGGAUUGUAGGAAUAUUGGCCAUUAUCUUCAAUGUAAUCAUGUAUUCGUCCCCAUUGACAGUCAUGAAAUUGGUGAUCAGGACAAAGAGUGUGAAGUACAUGCCGUUUUAUCUCUCUCUUUUUAACUUCUUGAAUGGCAUUGUUUGGGUGGUUUAUGCAUCACUCGAGUUUGAUCCUUAUAUCCUGGUUCCAAAUGGGAUGGGAUCCCUGUUAGGCUUGUUGCAGCUCAUACUUUAUGCAACCUACUACAGAACGACCAAUUGGGACGAUGAACCACCUAGAGAAGUUCAACUUCCAGACGUUUGAUCACACCAUCAAGUUUUCUGGUUUUAUUGUUUGGUCCUGGUCUUGGCUCUUCUUUCUCCUGUCAGUUGAUUCCUUUUUGUAUAGAUAGAUACAAACGCUUGCAUCUCUGUGUUAAAUAUUUGUAUCAAGCAUGAAUCGAACUGUGUUCCAAGAGAUGUUGGUAAAUGGUCGACCUGGUUCUUUGGUUGUCAAACAUUAGCCUUUCUUCUCUUCAU